AUGACCAAUUCCGACGAGACAAAGAACAAUUUCUACGAGGAUUUGCACGCCCUCCUGGCGACUGUGCCGAAGGCGGACAAGUUGAUUGUUCUUAGUGACUUCAACGCUCGCGUCGGCCCAAACCACACUGCCUGGAGAAGAGUGUUGAGUCCCCACGGUCUUGGUGGACUUAGUGAUAAUGGCCUGAUCCUCCUGCGAACCUGCGCAGAACAUCGUAUUAUCCUGACCACACUUCUUUCGCCUUCCGCUGCAGCAAAAGGCAACUUGGAUGCAUCCGCGCUUCCGGCAGCGGCAUCUCCUGGACAAUGUCCUCGUCCGCUAACGUGA